GCAAACACUGGCGGUGGUGGCGGCGGCACGGAUCCUGAGUCUUCCUUGGCUGGCAAUGGAGGGUCUGGCAUCGUGAUCAUCAAGUACCUGAGUUCCACCCCGUUGCUCCAAGGUGGCACAGUCACCACGAGCAAUGGCUACCAAAUUCAUACUUUCACAGCAACUGGAUCGCAGACCGUGGCAGUCGAGGCGGCAUGCGGUGCGUGGCGCUACUACAGGUACUAUGUCCCAGUCGCGAGUGCAAACCCACAGCAUCUGUGCAUCAAUGAGAUGCAGUACUUGUACGGUGGUAGCGUGCUCUCAACACCUGCAACUCAUUGCGGCAGUGCGCCGUGCGCUUUUGCUACUUCCGGAAUCUACUCGGAUUGGAGCCCCGAGAAAGCUUUCGAUCAAAGCAAUUAUGCAAUGUAUGGCAGUGGAUAUUGCAAUGAAGCCGGUGAUGGUUAUCCCCGAGGGGCUGGGUGGUUGGCGUACGACUUCGGAGUGCCGACACAAGUCGAUCAGGUCAGCGACUCUGACGACGAGGACGUCAAGAUGUCGGCAUUCAACACAGACCCGAUCUCCUCCCUGACGUUGUGCUACAAGACGCUGGACAACUGCUACACGUACGAGCUGGGCGCGACGUACACCAGCGCAAGCGCUCUCUUCAGCUCGGGAUUCAUCCGCAGCGAAAAUCUGGGUUAUGGCGCUGGAGCCGCCGACGCAGCGAAGCAGGCCUGGACAGAUCUGUUUUUGCCGCCGGGGACCCCGACCUGGUACGACGACUAUUGGAACGGGAACGGAGGCGGCAAUUGCAAUAUGCAGCGGCCAGGGAUCAACACCCAGUGCAAUGACAACAACUGGGCCCGCAUCGGGUACUGCGUGAACCUCCCUGACCAGAGCUGCCAGCCAUAUGAUACCAGCGACGCCGACUCUCCUAUUGGGAUCGGGCUGAAGACGCAGAAUUGGCCCAACAAUGUCAAUGCCCCUUUCGGGGAAUACUUCAUACACGGCGCUGGGUCGUCUGGCGUGCAGCUCUUCCAACACCAAGCAUGGCUUUUCGCAGCCGCAUUCACAAUGCAGCUCUACACCUUGCCGAAGGAAGGCAACGGUCGGCAGUUCGCUUUGAAAUGCAUCAAGUUCGAGAAGGCCACGCGGACGGACAUCGCGAAGGAGGUCUUUGUCUCUGGCACGGCGCUGACUCCCCACUGGGGAAACUCGCCCGACAAGAAGACGCCGCUGAAGCUGUUUCACUAUAUGAUGGACAGGGGCCAUGUAUAUGGCAAGGGCAAGCGGCAGGCGGGUUGCCGCUACAUCGAGAAGUACGGCCCGAGGGCCAACAACAAAAACCAGUUCGUGGAGUGGACCGACGAGAUGAUUCACGACGAGAACUCUCCGAUGUUCGGAUGGAUGGCAUCAGACGUCAAGGAGUCGCUCCGCAACUACGCGCCGGGCACUGUCGGCGCGAGGACACUCGGGCGCUGGGCGGUCACUCUCAAGCGGUUUGACCCGUCCCUGUUCGACCGCAUCGUCGUCCCAAUCCUUAGGAGCCACGACGUCCAUGGGACCAUGUGGAUCGGAAAGACCAGGGUCGGGAAAUCCACAGCAUCCAAAACGAUCGGCUUCGUUAUUUCUGCCUACCAGAUUGAGAAGCACCGCCGCGCUGACCUCCGCCCGAGCGGCAUCGCGGCGAAGAAGAUCGACUUCCUGCGCUUGGAGCCUGGGGCCAUAAUCAAGCCCGCCAUCGCAGACGAUACCGCGCUGGCCAAGUGGGGCCCCGACGAGAUCAAGGCUUUCCUCGACCCCGCCGAGGAAGACGCGCCGCUUUGGGCGAGGUGGGGCGGCGCCUCUUUCGGGCAGAACCAGUCCCGCCAGAUCUGUGUCAAUCCGUAUAACGAGGAAUUCGGGGCGACGGUCAAGUCCGUCAGCAGGGUCAAGGAAGAGGUAGCAUUCAGUGACCUCAUCAAGAACAUCGACUGCAAUUUCAUCGGCGAAAAGCAGUGCUGCUACAAGAUGGCGGACGUGGAGGCGUACGUGGCGGGGUCCAACGUCGUGCUCCUCUCGCCGAACUGGGUGCACUUCCGGGCGGCAUCCACGACGAAGGAGCCAGCCCCUCGCUUUCCGUGGCCAGUGCCCGCGAAGUCAGAUCUCUCCACGCCCGGGACGUACGACAUCGUCAAGGCAUUCAAGAAAGACCAGACUCGCGUUCCAUCCGACUACGACCAGCCCACGAGGCGGGCCGCGGCCGCCAUGAAGAAGUUAGCGCGGGGCGAGGAGCUCGGGCAGUCAUCGACGGUCCGUGGCCCCACGCCCUUCGACCAGGACGCGCCCGCGAGAUACAACUUCCCAGAGGUGGCCACGCAGCCGCCGAGCGGCAGGCAGGGGGGCGAAUGGUUCCCGCGCGCGGCCGCUGGUCAGCCGACCAGCGCCUCGUGCCCCGUGGUCGAAGAUACGCGUGAUAUCGAUGAGCAGCUGAAUGCCUGCCGCGCCGUUCAGCAAAGCCUCUGCGAUCGCGCGGUGGCCUUUCACGGCCGCGUGAUCGACGUCUCCUCGCCGCAGCCGCUUAAGCGCGGCGUCAAGCGCCUGGCUUGCCCCGACGUGUCCACCAUGGACGAGGAGGAGCGCGAGAGCGCCAUGCAGGCGACGAAGGAGAAUAUCAUCGAGCGCGGGAGGGAGGCCCACGGCUCGAGCAUCGACCUGUUGUCCCCAGCGCGCCCGCCAGCCGCCGACGUCUCCUCGCAGGAUAUCGCCGCGGCGAUGGCCGAGGGCGCGGCCGCCGCUUCAGGAGCCUUGCACUUCGACAGGGCCGAGCCUCGCGCGGCGACCGCCACUGAUGCAGCUGCCACCUGGGAGAAGCAGGCGGCGCAGUCGACCUUGACAGUGGAAUACCUGAUUGUCGGCGGCGGCGGUGGCGGCGCUUCCGGAGGCGGCGGCGGCGGCGGUGUGCUCCAAGGGACGGGUCUGGUCAUAUCUGUCGACGAAGUCAUCACGGUUGGCGCCGGCGGUCUCGGAGGUUCGGGGGGCAGCGGCACCACUGCGGAGGCGACGAACGGAGGAGAUUCUUCGAUCGGCUCUCUGGUGGCAUAUGGCGGUGGCAAGGGUGCGGGGGGCAGUUCCAGGACUGCCUCCAGCGGAGGCUCAGGCGGUGGAGGCGCCUACGAUCUGCCGAGUGUUGCCUACGCGGCUGGGGUCGCGGGACAGGGCUACCGGGGUGGGCGCAGCGACAGGGGGGGGUACGGCGCAGGCGGUGGCGGCGGCGGUGCGGGCGGCGUUGGGAGCGACGCGCCCCAGCAGCACUACGGAGGAGAUGGUGGCGUUGGAGUGGCGUCGUCGAUUUCAGGCACCUCUACGUAUUACGGCGGAGGCGGUGGCGGUGGCGUCAACGCAAACUGCGGUUGCACCACUUAUCCAGGAGGGGCCGGCGGCCUAGGGGGCGGCGGCGAUGGAAGCAGUUACGGCGGUGGUGGCGGCGCUUACUUCAAUGGCGAAGAUGGGCAGGCAAACACUGGCGGUGGUGGCGGCGGCACGGAUCCUGAGUCUUCCUUGGCUGGCAAUGGAGGGUCUGGCAUCGUGAUCAUCAGGUACCUGAGUUCCACCCCGUUGCUCCAAGGUGGCACAGUCACCACGAGCAAUGGCUACCAAAUUCAUACUUUCACAGCAACUGGAUCGCAGACCGUGGCAGUCGAGGCGGCAUGCGGUGCGUGGCGCUACUACAGGUACUAUGUCCCAGUCGCGAGUGCAAACCCACAGCAUCUGUGCAUCAAUGAGAUGCAGUACUUGUACGGUGGUAGCGUGCUCUCAACACCUGCAACUCACUGCGGCAGUGCACCGUGCGCUUUUGCUACUUCCGGAUUCUACUCGGAUUGGAGCCCCGAGAAAGCUUUCGAUCAAAGCAAUUAUGCAAUGUAUGGCAGUGGAUAUUGCAAUGAAGCCGGUGAUGGUUAUCCCCGAGGGGCUGGGUGGUUGGCGUACGACUUCGGAGUGCCGACACAAGUCGAUCAGGUCAAGAUUUGGUUUUGGAGAGGUGAUCACAGCGCGAGUGGGACGGCCUACAUGGAAGGCUCAAACGAUGCGGUCACAUGGACAACUUUGAAAACGAUUACAGACACUGGUUAUGCGACACUCGAUACGACCGUCGAUUGUGUUGCAUCGCCAAGUUCGGCGCCGACGCUGCUGAUGAAGCUGAGGGCGGGCUCCAAUACCUUCCAGUAUGACGCAAGCUAUUGGACCGACACUUCUGUGUUGAACGAAGCUGGCGGCGCUUCGGUCAGCGACUCUGACGACGAGGACGUCAAGAUGUCGGCAUUCAACACAGACCCGAUCUCCGCCCUGACGUUGUGCUACAAGACGCUGGACAACUGCUACACGUACGAGCUGGGCGCGACGUACACCAGCGCAAGCGCUCUCUUCAGCUCGGGAUUCAUCCGCAGCGAAAAUCUGGGUUAUGGCGCUGGAGCCGCCGACGCAGCGAAGCAGGCCUGGACAGAUCUGUUUUUGCCGCCGGGGACCCCGACCUGGUACGACGACUAUUGGAACGGGAACGGAGGCGGCAAUUGCAAUAUGCAGCGGCCAGGGAUCAACACCCAGUGCAAUGACAACAACUGGGCCCGCAUCGGGUACUGCGUGAACCUCCCUGACCAGAGCUGCCAGCCAUAUGAUACCAGCGACGCCGACUCUCCUAUUGGGAUCGGGCUGAAGACGCAGAAUUGGCCCAACAAUGUCAAUGCCCCUUUCGGGGAAUACUUCAUACACGGCGCUGGGUCGUCUGGCGUGCAGCUCUUCCAACACCAA